AUGUUCAAGAUCCCGGAGGGCCCGGAUGGUGAGCCCAGGAGGAUACAAGUGGUGCCAGAUGAGAAAGUCUCCAAUGCGGUGGUGCUCCAUACCCACUUGGAGGAUCACACCUUGGGCAACCUGCUCCGAAUGGAGCUCCUGAGAAAUGAGGCGGUGCUCUUCGCGGGCUACAAGGUGCCCCACCCCUUGAAUCACAUGAUUGAGCUGCGGGUGCAAACGACCCCAGUGAUCAAGCCUGAGGAUGCGCUGCGGCAUGCAGUGAAGAACCUCCAGAGCGAAUGCAAAUCCAUGUUGGAGCAGUUUGAUGAGGCCGAACCAUCGUUUUUUGGGGUGCGUCAGGCUGAGUCAGGCAGGGUUUUCUUGGGUGCCAUUUUGGCCCGAGGAUGUUCUUCCGUGUUCUUCCCAACCAACUUUCACGGGGGUUCCAAGUGGUUCAGUCGAGCGGAUCUUCAGGGCGUCCACGGGGCUGCGGCUGUGCUCAUCGUCGGACUCGAGUCCGUUUCGGCGCUCCUUGGGGCCUCCAAGGACCUUCCGAGGCUGAAAAAGGGUUUGGAAGAUGUUUCAUGUACAAAGAAAAUCUGGGUCGGGUCCCAUAUAAUCCUAAUGACUGAUCGCAGAACGGUGAGAACGGUCUUUUUACACAAACCCUUUGAGGACGUAUGUCAUCUAUUGGACACGGGCCUGGAACUCCCUAGAAUUCGUGUCCCGGCCGAGCAUGGGCUGAUGAGAAACCGUCAGGCGCUCCUCGGCGCUCCGAGUUCGCUUGUACCGUCGCUUAGGUCAUCUUCAAAAUGUCACCAGACUGUCAUGGCUGGAGUUUGGUAA